AUAUAAAGAUAAGUGAAACUGAGAAUAUCGUGAAAAAGAAGAAAAUCAACGUCAAUUUGACAAUGGCAUCUAACCUCCUUAUUUCUUAUUAGAAAAUUCGCGCCAAAUUCGUAUUGUGAAGUUUACAGUUGAUGCUUUGUUUUCUUCAAUUCUUUAAGAAUUUUCAACAAUUUUAUUCAAGUUAUGCUAAAUAUUUCUAUACUAAUAUAGCAUUAAAGUGUUUUGAAACAGUUUUUAGUUACGAAUUUAACUCGAUAUGGAUGUUCAAGGAAUUCAAACAGUUCACAGGGUACAAAGAGAUGAAGUUGGAAUAAGAUGUCAAAAACUCUUCCAAGAUUUUCUAGAAGAGUUCAGAGAAGACAAUGAAAUAAAAUACCUUGAACCUGCUAGAGAACUUUUAAACCAAGAAAGAAGUACGAUAGAGGUUAGUUUUGAAGAUGUAGAGAAAUACAAUCAAAACUUAGCCACCACUUGUAUAGAAGAAUAUUUCCGCAUAUAUCCUUACCUCUGCCAAGCAGUAUCUAAUUUUGUUAAAGAUAGGUGUGACCUCAAGAAAGAUAAAGAAUGCUAUGUUAGUUUCAUAGAUGUUCCCACUCGACAUAAAGUACGAGAGCUAAAAACUGAGAAAAUCGGAACUCUUAUCAGAAUAUCUGGUCAAGUCAUCAGAACCCACCCUGUACAUCCUGAAUUAAUUUCAGGUACUUUUGUAUGUUUGGACUGUCAAACUGCUAUUAAAAAUGUCGAGCAACAAUUUAAAUUCACCAAUCCCACUAUCUGUCGAAACCCUGUAUGUAUGAAUCGAAGACGCUUCAUGCUGGACAUAGACAAAUCGCUCUUUAUCGAUUUUCAAAAAGUCAGGAUUCAGGAAACCCAAGCUGAACUGCCCAGGGGUUCUAUCCCUAGAAGUGUCGAAGUUAUAUUAAGAGCAGAGAAUGUGGAAACCGUUCAAGCGGGAGAUCGGUAUGAUUUCACUGGUACCCUUAUUGUCGUCCCUGAUGUGGGUAAAAUUUCACUUCCUGGAGCCAAGGCACAGAUAAAUUCGAGGCAUAAGUCGGGAGAUGAUAGUGAAGGUGUUAGGGGCCUCAAAGCCCUUGGAGUCAGAGAUCUCCACUACAGGAUGGCCUUCUUGGCCUGCAGCGUUCAACCAACAAAUCCAAAGUUUGGAGGCAUCGAGAUGCCCAUGGACGAAAUAACACCUGAAAUAAUGAAGCAACAGAUGACAGACGGAGAGUGGAAACACAUGUACGAGAUGUCCCACGAUAAGAAUCUGUACAGUAAUCUCAUAAAUAGCCUGUUCCCGAGUAUACAUGGGAAUGAUGAGGUCAAAAGAGGGAUAUUACUUAUGUUGUUCGGCGGUGUUUCGAAAACUACAAUUGAAGGCACCACUUUGAGAGGAGACAUAAAUUGUUGUAUCGUCGGAGACCCAAGUACAGCCAAAUCACAGUUCUUAAAACAGGUGUCCGAGUUUUCCCCUCGAGCAGUCUACACCUCAGGCAAAGCCUCUUCGGCUGCCGGUCUGACAGCAGCCGUUGUAAGAGACGAAGAAACUUCCGACUUCGUCAUAGAAGCAGGAGCCCUAAUGUUGGCGGACAACGGCGUCUGUUGCAUAGAUGAAUUCGACAAAAUGGACCUUCGAGACCAGGUCGCCAUCCACGAGGCCAUGGAACAGCAAACGAUCUCCAUAGCGAAAGCCGGAGUUAGGGCAACAUUGAACGCUAGAACCUCGAUCCUGGCAGCCGCAAACCCCAUCGGAGGCAGGUACGACAGGGCCAAGUCCCUCCAACAAAACAUAGCCCUAUCGGCCCCCAUCAUGUCCAGGUUCGAUCUGUUUUUCAUCCUGAUCGACGAGUGCAACGAAGUCACGGAUUACGCAGUAGCCAGGAAGAUCGUAGACUUGCACAGUAACAUCGAAGACAACAUCGACAGGGUUUACACCAGGCAGGACGUCCUUCAGUACAUCUCUUUCGCUAGAAAGUUCAAACCGGUCAUAAGCAAGGAAGCUGGGGAGCUACUAGUCCGUCAUUACAACCAUUUGAGAUUAAGAGACACCACAAGCACCGGAAAGUCUACUUGGAGAAUCACAGUACGACAGUUGGAAAGCAUGAUACGUCUGGCCGAAGCCAUGGCUAGGAUGGAAAUAUCAGACGAGGUGUCUCCCAAACACGUCAAGGAAGCUUACAGACUCCUAAACAAAUCCAUAAUCAGGGUAGAACAACCCGAUAUCCACCUCGACAAAGACGACACGACAAUGGUGGGCGAAGAGAUGGAAACAGAGGAACCGGAAACUCAAUCAGACACACCGGCAGUCCAAAAAAGAAAACUGGUGCUCAGUUUCGAAGAGUACAAGACCUUGAGUAACAUGAUAGUGAUACACAUGAGAAGGGAGGAAGCCAGGAGUGAAGAGGAAAGUUCCGAAGGAAUGAGAAGGAGCGGUUUGAUCGAUUGGUAUUUGAACUCCGUUAUAGAUCAGAUUGAGACCGAAGACGAGUUGAUAGAGAAGAAGCAGCUCAUAGAGAAAGUGAUAGACAGGUUAAUUUAUCACGAUAACGUCAUCAUCGAGUUGAGCAAGGUUGGUUUGAAGGGAUCUGAGGAAGAACAGGAAGAGGAUGAUCCUCUGCUUGUUGUUCAUCCUAGUUAUAUUAUCGAUUAAGGACUUUUGAAGUUAUGUAUUUACCAUUCAAUUUUUGUUUAUACCUGUUAUUGGUAUUUGUUUUUUUAAGAACUAUGAAGUAUAUUUACUACCAACUCCA